AUGUGUACACGGGAGUCCUUCAACCCAGAAAGUUACGAAUUGGACAGGAGCUUCUGGCUAACCAGAUUCACUGAAAUGAAGGGCACAGGCUGGAAAGUGUCCCAAGAUGUCCUACAAAAAUUGCUGAAAUCUUUACAGGUGAACCAUUUCCAAGAAGAUAAGCAGUUUCUGGGAGCCGUUAUGCCAAGGCUUGACAUUAGAAUGGACACUUAUGUCAUUCCUUUGAGGCACGGUGGGCGUUCCUUGGUUCAAACCACAGAUUACAUUUACCCGAUCGUAGAAGACCCUUACAUGACGGGCAGGAUAGCAAGUGCCAGUGUCCUCAGUGACUUCUAUGCAGUGGGGGUCAUGGAAUGUGACAAUAUGCUGAUGCUCCUUGGAGUCAGUAAUAAAAUGACUGACAGGGAAGGGGAUAAAGUGAUGCCUCUGAUUAACCAAGGUUUUAAAGAUGCAGCUGAAGAAGCAGGAACAUCUGUAACCAGCGGCCAAACAGUACUAAACCCCUGGAUUGUCCUGGCAGGAGUCGCUACCACUGUCUGCCAGCCCAAUGAAUUUAUCAUGCCAGACAAUGCAGUGCCAGGAGACGUGCUGGUGUUGACAAAACCCCUGGGGACACAGGUGGCAGUGGCUGUGCACCAGUGGCUGGAUAUUCCUGAGAAAUGGAAUAAGAUUAAACUAGUGUUCACUCAAGAAGAUAUAGAGCUGGCCUACCAGGAGGCCAUGAUGAACAUGGCGAGGCUCAACAGGACAGCUGCAGGACUCAUGCACACGUUCAAUGCCCACGCGGCCACUGACAUCACGGGCUUUGGGAUUUGGGGCCACACGCAGAACCUGGCCAAGCAGCAGAGGAACGAAGUGUCGUUUGUAAUUCACAACCUCCCAGUGCUUGCCAAGAUGGCCGUGGUGAGCAAGGCAUGCGGAAACAUGUUCGGCCUCAUGCAUGGGACCUGCCCAGAGACCACAGGCAGCCUUCUGAUCUGUUUACCACGUCAGCAAGCAGCUCGGUUCUGUGCAGAGAUAAAGUCCCCCAAAUAUGGUGAAGGCCACCAAGCAUGGAUUAUUGGGAUUGUAGAGAAGGGCAACUGCACAGCCAGAAUCAUAGACAAACCCGGGAUCAUGGAGGUCGCACCACAAGUGGCCCCUCAAAAUGUGAAUCCCACAUCCGGGGCCACCUCUUAA